AUGUUGGAAUGCAGGUUGGAAGCAUUAGCUAGGAAAAAGUUUUGGGAUGAAGGGAUAAAUGAGUGUAAAGAGUUAGUGAGGAAGUUGUUGGCAACUGUGCCUGAGAGUGUGUAUGAGUUUAUAAAUCUGAAACGUAAGGAGAAAAUGCGAUGGACGGAUGAAAGGUUAAUGUGGAACAACAUUUUAGUAAUAGUAGAGGAUUACGAGUUAGAUAAGUGUAUGGAAGAGAGUAGAAGUGUUAGUGUUAGGACUCAAGUAGCUGAGAUUAUACCAGAGUUUAAGAGGUAUAGGAAGGCAGUUUUAGAAGGGCUGAGGCGAAUGGCAGAGCGAGUGGUUGAUAGGAGCGUUAGAGCAAGUAGCGUGAAUGUAGUUAGCCCUAAAAGAGAUAGGAGUGCGAGUGUCGGAAGAAUAGGGUCAGUUAGUUGUGAGCGAGAGCAGCAGUGUUACAGAUGUGGUAAGCCAGGACACAAGAAAAAUGAGUGUCGGUGGAUGUUAGGGGCGUGUUUCAGGUGUGGGCAAAUGGGCCAUUUAAUGAGUGAGUAUAAGAAAGAUAGGAGUGUUAAGUGUUACAGGCGUGGGCAGAUAGGGCAUAUAGCGAAUGGAUGUCGGGGUACCCGUGUGAAUGAUGUUUGUGGUAAUUGUGGAGAGAGUGGGCAUUAUGCUAAAAUGUGUAAGGAGCCAUGUGUGAAGUGUGUUGAAUUUGGAAUGACAGCAGACCUCAGCGCCAAUGCGUUUGUGGGCCGAAAACCAGUACAUACAAAAAAAUGGCGUGGCUACGGGUUCGAGUCUCUCGCCGAUCUCAGCUAA